GACAUGGCGAAGCAUUGCUGAAACGAUUCCCUAUCUUGAAGCUGGAAUUCGAAUUCAGAUAUGAAAUGGGAAGAAUACUUCGCUUUGGGCGGACUGCUGGUUGAUGGAUAAGGGGUCUAGAAGGGUGCUUACUCGUAGACCAAUGAAUUCAGCUUACCCGAACUCGGUGGAGGAUAUAAUCGAUCAAACCACUCAAUCUUGGAACACCCCAUUGAUAUCGAAUAUCUUUUGGCCAGUGGAUCGAGAUCGAAUUCUAGCUGUGACGAUUGGCAGCUCUCAUGCGCAGGACAUAAUGGUUUGGCACUUCUCAAAGGAUGGUAAUUUCUCAGUGAAAUCAUGUUGUCAUCUCGUUCUUUCGAUGAUAAAUAUACGAUAUUUGAGUGAGGGGCUGAUGUUGGGGCAAGUAGUGGGGGGUCGAACCAAAGAUGGAAGGAAAUUUGGAAUUUGGAAGUUCCGCCAAAAGUAAGAACCUUCCUUUAGCGAGCAUGUUCGGAGAUUCUUCCUUGCAAUGUUGAGCUGUUCCGGCAUAAAGUAGUCUGUUCACCCUAUUGCCCCUUUUGCAAGAUUAAAGAGGAGACUAAUCUGCAUGCUUUUAUUGAAUGUGGCAAAGUACAACAGCUUUGGCAACAACCUCCGUUCCAACUAUCUGUUUUUGAUACUCGUGCAGCUGUGUGGAGUUGGGUUGAAUUUCUUCGAACAUCUCUAUCGUCUGAAUUAUUCCUCUAUGCUGUGGUUAUAAUGUGGAAGCUCUGGGACAACCGGAAUCGUGAGUUACACGGUCAACGGGAGGUUCCGAUCGGGGAGAUAGCAAGUUGGAGCGCAACAUUUCUCGACGCGUAUAGUCAAGCAAAACUUUUGGACGAAAGAAAUCGGCAUUCAAACAACGUCAUUAAUUGGAACCCGCCCAUGCCAGGUGUCAUCAAGAUUAAUGUUGAUGUUGCAUUCUCACCGAAUAAAGAUUAUAACGGUGUAUCGAUGGUGGCAAGAGACCAUCGGGGUUCGUGCAUAUGGUGGAAAGUGAAGAAGAUGGAAGGUAGAUCAAAUGUAGUCGAUGGAGAGGCAUAUGCGGUUCUUCAUGCUAUUCGUGUUGCUCAAGAAAAACAAUGGAGUUCGAUCGUGAUUGAAGGAGAUAAUCUGACGAUUAUCGAAUCACUCCGGCAAGGCGAGCCAUCAACCUCAUCAUUUGGGGCACUGAUGGAUGAAUCUUUCGUUAAGCGCUCGGGCAAUAAGUUGGCUCAUGAUUUAGUUAAGAACAUUGAACUAUUGGGUUGUGAGAGGUUUUCUCUCCCCCUAGAGUUUGCUUCUGAGUGAGGUAAUAUUAUGUUAUUUUCCAUCAAAAAAAAUCAAUACAUAUAGCAAACAUCAAAAUAAAUUGAAACUUCAAUUUUGUCGUUUAAAUUGAACUUUACUUUUGUAUUAACUUUACUUCAAUCUCGUGCAUCGCACGAGCCAAAAAUCUAGUCUUAUUACUAAUAACAGAAGGGUUCAUGAAGAAACCCUAAAAAAACCCCACAAGGAUAAUUUUUCUU